UAUGUGCGGUAGACGAGAGAUGAGUACAAGUUGUGUGAGUUAAUUAAGCUUACAGUUAUGUAUGGUUGCGAGUAAUCUUAUCGCGUGGAACAUGACAGUGACGAAAGGCUCUUGUCUCAGUUGGAUGUCAGUUCUGGGUGACGCUGGUGUAGUGGUGUAACUAUGCGUUCGUAAGCCAGCAGCUGAUGGCGAUAAUUGAAUUUUGAUUAUUCGCCACUGGAUACUCAGGCUGUGAACUUGGAAGUGAUGUGUGCUUGCAGAUAUAUCCUUCAUCACGAACUGUGUUAACGUUUGUGUGUUCGAAUCAUGCAGGAGAAGAAAAAUUGUACCUGGUCUCAAAGGAUUAUAAGAGCUACUAGAUUUUUUGCGAAAUACAAGAAACCGAAUCACCACCACAACACUCACCACCAGCACCAGAAUCAGCAGAACAACAAGGAUCACAAUGACUGCAAUGAAACACAUGAAUUUGAACUGAAGGAGGUUACCAAGGAAGGCCAUGAGAAGGCUGAUCCAGGACAAUUCGAGCUUCUUAAGGUGCUUGGGCAGGGCUCUUUUGGCAAGGUGUUCCUUGUAAGAAAGGUUGUAGGUAAGGACAGUGGAACUCUGUAUGCCAUGAAGGUUCUGAAGAAGGCAACACUCAAAGUACGAGACCGCAUGAGGACAAAGACAGAACGUAAUAUCCUGGUAGAUGUUCAGCACCCAUUCAUUGUCAGGUUGCAUUAUGCCUUCCAAACAGAAGGCAAACUUUACCUCAUAUUGGACUUCCUCAGAGGGGGUGAUCUGUUCUCCAGGUUAUCCCAGGAGGUAAUGUUUACUGAAGAGGAUGUAAAGUUCUACCUGGCAGAGCUUGCCCUGGCGUUGGAUCACAUUCACAGUUUAGGAAUCAUUUACAGAGACCUUAAACCUGAAAAUAUACUUCUGGAUGCUGAUGGCCACAUAUCACUAACAGACUUUGGACUAAGCAAACUACCCCUGGAUGACCAGAAAGCCUAUUCAUUUUGUGGUACAGUGGAGUAUAUGGCUCCUGAAGUUGUCAACAGGAAGGGACAUUCCUUUGCUGCAGACUGGUGGUCUCUGGGUGUACUCAUGUAUGAGAUGCUGACAGGCACUCUACCAUUCCAAGGCCCAAACCGGAAAGAGACCAUGACACAGAUCUUGAAGGCAAAGCUUGGGAUGCCUCAGUUCCUAUCUCCAGAGGCACAAGCGCUACUUCGGGCACUGUUCAAGAGAAAUCCAGCCAACAGGCUUGGUGCAGGUCCUGAUGGUGUGGAAGAGAUUAAGUCACAUUCCUUCUUUGCAACUAUAGACUGGGACAAGCUCAUGAGGAAGGAGAUUCAUCCACCAUUCAAGCCUGCUGUGAGUCGUGCUGACGAUGCCUUUUAUUUUGACAAGGAGUUCACGUCUAAAACGCCAAAAGAUUCUCCUGGUGUUCCACCUAGUGCCAAUGCCCAUGAAUUGUUUAGAGGAUUCAGUUUUAUUGCACCUUGCCUUCUAGAAGAACAGACAAAUAACCAACCUACAGAAAGGCAAACAGAUCCUCUAGCAAAAAUGAUGUAUGUGAAACCAAAUUCAGUAACAGAUGAAUAUGAAAUAAAGAACACAAUUGGUGAGGGGAGUUACUCUGUGUGCAAAUUGUGCAUUCAUAGAGCAACGCGUGCAGAGUAUGCAGUGAAAAUAAUUGACAAAUCAAAACGAGACUGCCAGGAAGAAAUAGAAAUCCUACUGCGCUGGGGAUAUCAUCCCAAUAUUGUCACGUUACGAGAUGUGUAUGAGGAUGACAGAUCUGUAUAUCUGGUGAUGGAGCUGAUGAGAGGUGGCGAAUUGCUCGAUAGAAUACUUAGACAUAAGUUCUUCUCAGAAAGGGAAGCCAGUGCAGUCAUGCAAGUUAUUGUUUCUACUGCCCAGUAUCUACAUCAGCAUGGGGUUGUCCAUCGGGAUCUGAAACCAUCAAACAUUUUGUAUGCCACAGAAGCAGGAAAUCCAGAGGCACUGCGUAUUUGUGACUUCGGGUUUGCCAAGCAGCUGAGGGCAGAGAAUGGCCUCCUUAUGACACCAUGUUAUACAGCCAAUUUUGUAGCACCAGAAGUGCUAAAGCGGCAAGGCUAUGACGCAGCCUGCGAUAUCUGGUCUCUUGGUGUUCUCCUCUACACUAUGCUGGCAGGACAAACGCCAUUUGCCAAUGGGGCCUCAGACUCUCCUGCCGAUAUUCUUCAGAGGAUUAGUGAAGGCAGGAUCGAUCUUGAGUCUGGAAACUGGGUUUCAGUGUCUGCAGAAGCUAAGGAUCUUGUACAAAAGAUGCUGCAUCUGGACCCAAACCGGAGACCCACCGCUAGCCAAGUUCUGCAGCACAACUGGAUCCAACACAGACACGUGCUGCCCACACAUCGCCUACCUCUGCAAGAAGCAAGUGUUAUUAAGGGUGCAAUGGCAGCCACAUACCGUGCUAUGAGCCAGAGUCCUCGGCCACCUCAUUUAAUGCCCGUGUUCACUUCAGAACUCGCGCAACGACGCUGGAGGAAAUCCCGACCCAAAUCAUCUACAGAAGUAUGAAAUGAUGAUCUUAACACAUGGAUGUGUGUGUGACAGACUCUUUGUCAAGAGAUAUAGUGAAGUCAGUAGUGGCUAUAUGAUGUGUGUGCAAGAAUGCCCGAGAACACUGGGCAUAAAACUUGUGUUGUAGUUUAAAGAGGAGUGAUUCUGCAUUCAAAGUGAUUUGUGCCACUGAACUUUUCUCAUUUUGGCUGUAACAGUAACCUACAAUAAAAUGCAGUGUUAGACAGCCAUUCUGGAAGAAGAGGUUCGAAGCUAGUGAUUACCUUGUCAUCAUGCUAUGUAACAAAAGCUGGACAGGUAAGAAAAACCUAUACACAUUUCUUUCUUAAAGUUAACUUGGCUGUUGGAAGCCUGUACUUAGUGAUACAUUGCUUAGAGGUAAGUAAAGUUUAUCCCUAAAAAAAAAAUAAUAUUUUUAAAAACUUAUAAAUGUUCUUUCUCUAUUCCCUUUCCAGAAUUAAUGCUGGAUAUAUCAAAACGAAAUGAUGGAAUGAAAUCAGCUGUGUUCUUGAGUGUGUGCUCUUCAAACUCACUUCAUCUCAUUGUUUCAUGUGGUAUGACAGUGGCAUUACUAGAAAACUGGCACAUUUUCACAAUAGAGAAUAUACUUUAUGUUUGAGCAUGGAUUUUUUAAUUGUUUAAGAAUCCUCAUAUUUGCAUCUCAUGAGCCAUGCAAGAUUGUUUCUCCUUUAUAUCAUCUUGUUAAAUAUCUUUCUGAGUGUAGCAGAAUUGUAAGAUUUAAUUAUUUGUGUUGUUCAAAUGCAUAUGUUUGCGAAUUCUAAACAGAAGUGCUUCCAUACCUCUUUUAUCUGUGACCAAAUAAUAUUUGUUCAUAAAAUGAGAAGAGUGGAGUAACAAAAUUGUGUACAUGUGUUUUAUAUUUAAUUCCUUGAGUGGUCAGUAUCUAGUCCAUCAGGAGCACUGCUUUUCCAGAUGGAGGAUUGACAGGUUUAUGUGUUUAUAUAUUUCUGUUAGGUCUUUAGUGUGACUGAUGUACAUUAACAGAGUCUUUGUGGCCCUAGUCAUGCCACUGUAAACCCCUGAAGGUCACAGUUCUAGUUCAAAUAUUAUGCGUAACAUGCAUAUAAAAUAAUAAGUAUUACUUCUAGAAAAUUAAAAAAUAAAUAAAGAUGCUAGUUCACUUCGUAUAAUCAGCCAUUCAGCAUGAAAUUAUGUACAGCAAGUCUAUAUUUUUGUGUAUAAAGAACAUAUGAAUUCUAAGUCUGCUUCUUGAUAAUUGGAAGCAUGCAUAUUGUUGUCAGAUUAACAGAUGUCUAAAUUGAUAAUGGUUGUGGAAAUGAUUUGUGCCAAUGUGUUGUAUAGAUAAAGUAUUCACACAUGUAACUAUAACAUAAGGCAAUUGAAGAUAAAGCAGAGAACCUCUGUGAGGUGAGUGUGCUGCUCUUUGGCCUUACUUAGAUAUGCAGGUUUUUGCACCCACUACUUGUUUGGACAUCUGAUAAUUUAUUUUGUGCUUAUUACAUAUGAAUAUGUAACAUAUUGAAAAUAGAAGAGAAAAGAGAACUGAAUAAAGGUUAUAUGCCAUAUUUGUGAUUAUUGUACCAGCAUGGACUCUAAAAAGUAUUGUGAAUAUAGAUUGUUGAUGAGUUAAAGUUAGUAUUUGUGAUGUAAAUCAGUCCACUGUGUUUUUAUAAGUUCUAUGAAGAGAAUUUAGAGAGACAAGCCUGACCAGAAUCAGUUAUAAAAAGUAAGUAUGUACAUAAGCACGCACAGACACACAUACACAUGUGCAUAGAAUACUUUCAUUCAUAGCUGUGCUCUGGUCUCGGAACAGAAGGAAUAAGUUUUUGUUUUGUUUUUUGACUGCAAGCUUAGUGGACAUGAAACUAUUGAUGAAAACAGGGAGGCAUUCUCCACAGUUUUGGAAUAUUCUUGAGAAUGAAAGAAUUUAAAUUUCAGUUGUGUGGCAACAGUAAUGUGCAGUGUAUAAAUUCUCUUCUCAGGGUGGCAUAGUUAUAUAUAUCUGGGCAUGUCAUAAUGUUAUCUGUGAAGUCACUCUAGAGUUCCAAUAUAGAAUUCAGUAUCUUCAAUACUGAAGGCUUUUGUGAUGAUAGGAUUUACACUUGAAGAAUUGCUAUGCUGUGAGAUUUGAGAUCUUCAUGGCAGUGACUAUGAAGAUUUAUGUCCCCUUGGAUAUGAUUCCAUGUACUUUGGUUGAUGGAUACCGUUGUUUUCAAAGAACAUGCCACCUCCAUCAUCAGGGUAGAGUGGUAACUUUGUGACCCUGAGGAUGAAAGACACACAGUGGUAUCUGUCUGUAAUCUAUAUUGCAUCAUAUCCCAGGGCAGUAAUUUUGAAGCAUUGUUAAUGAUAUAUACCCACAUAUGUUGAAAGUUCAUGCGCUCUUAAAAUUGUGAUAUCCAUUCACUUUAUUUGAAGUGUAAGCACAAUUCUGGAAGAAUGUUGUUUUGUACAGUCACUGUGGCUAAUGUUUCAUUCAACUGAAGGCAUCAAGCCCCCUGUUGGGGCUUUGUCUUCUAAAGAUACCCUAGUGCAUUUAUUGGCAUCUCUUCCCUACUACAAAACCUUCAUCAGAGAGUCUUACCUAAAUUCUUUUUGUGAAAAAUCAAGUCAAAUAUGAUAUCAGAUUAUUUAAUUUUUGGCUGAAAUUAAGCUAGUGUAACAUUGUACUCUC